GUGUCUCUUUAACGUACUUACGUUCAGGCGGCGGCAGUUUCCAUCUACAUUAAUAGCAAAAGCGGAAUGUAGUCCAAAAUGUGACAUUAAUAAGAAUUUCUAGUGAGGUGUUCUACAAGGAAACUUGAAUGUCCAGGUCUUCUACUUAUAGCUGUACCAAUAUGAGUUCAGAUGCUGCGCUUAUUCUGGAAGCUGCAAAUUUUGCUGCAGAAAAGCACAAACAACAGAGAAGAAAGGACCCUGAGAAAACCCCAUAUAUAAACCACCCAUUAGGAGUUGCAAGAAUAUUGUCUCAUGAGGGUGGAAUAACGGAUACAGCAGUGCUCCAGGCAGCUCUCCUUCAUGACACUGUAGAAGACACUAACACCACUUUUGAAGAAAUUGAGUUGCAUUUUGGACAAGAUGUACGCAACAUAGUAGAGGAAGUAACAGAUGAUAAGACUUUACCAAAGAUGGAAAGAAAGAGACUGCAAAUGGAGCAUGCACCUCACUGCAGCCAAAAGGCCAAGUUAGUGAAACUAGCAGACAAGUUAUACAACCUUCGAGACUUGAAGCGCUGCACACCAGAAGGCUGGUCAGAACAGAGAGUCCAAGAAUAUUUCCAGUGGGCAUCUGAAGUGGUUAAAGGACUACGAGGAACAAAUUCCAUUCUGGAGGGAAAACUAGACCACAUGUUUAUGGAUCAAGGCAUUGCAGUUUAAACCACAUCAUAUAUCCAGAUUGGAAGAGAUGGACUUGCUAGACUUAUAUAUAAUAAAUUACUGAGAUUAUGUUACACCUGUGCCUUUGGCUGCCAAUGGGAGUUGUAGUUCAUUUACAGCUGGAAGGCUAUUUGACAUCCGUUCUUAAUUUAGAGAUUUAAAUGAUAGUUAAAUAAUUAUAUGGGCACUAAUGUACACCUCUUGUACUGUAUAUUAUGAUUUUUGGGACAUUUCAUUUAGUUAAGAGCUGUUUAGAUUCAUGGACAUUUCAAAGUGUUUUUUCUAAAGGGAUGCUGGGAAAUCUUAGUUCAUGUGACUCCACCUAUGUUAUUCACUAAUUUAAGUCUUCCAAUGAGAAUGACCAGUAUGUGUUUUGCACUGAUUGGGAAAUUAUUUUCUGCAUUUUGGUUAAAACCUGUGUACUAAUUAUACUGUGGAUAUUUAAAAUUGUAAAAUGUAAGGUGAUGGAAUUAAACAACUUUCAUUUUCUGUGGAACUGGUUCUACUUUUAAAGGAGAACAUUUUCAUUUAAGUUAGUAGCCUUAUCAGUAAGAGCAGUGACCCACCACAACUAAAAUGAACUUUUCUUUUUACAUUCAGCACUAAAUUGCAUUGGCUCAUUCAUGCAGUCCUCGCUCUGAUGGCUCGUAUUACCAUCAUAGUAAUCCCUAGGGCCAAACCAUCAGAUUUAGCCAGAUACCAACUGGCCCCUCUUUAUUUGCUUUACCCACUGAACUGACAUGCCAAAUGCCACCAAAAUGCUGAGGUAAUUUAUAUGUGUGCUAAUAAAGGGAUUGUUCACUUUUAAA